CGGGGCGGGGCGGCGCUGAGCGUCGCGGCUGGGAGGCGGCUGUGGGAGCUGAGCGGCCGCCGCCCGCCCGGAUCUGGUUAAGAAUAAGACUCAGGUUCUGAAGCAUUUGAGCAACUUGGUGCUGCCCGAGUCAUGACGCUCCCGUUUCGAAAAGACUUGGACAAGUACAAGGAUCUUGAUGAGGAUGACAUUCUCGGCAAACUAUCAGAAGAAGAACUGAAACAGCUGGAAACAGUUUUGGAUGAUCUUGACCCUGAGAAUGCGCUUCUGCCUGCAGGCUUCCGACAGAAGGACCAGACUGCUAAAAAGGCCUCGGGUCCUUUUGACAGGGAACGACUCCUUGCAUUUUUGGAGAAGGAAGCUCUUGAACACAAAGACAGGGAAGACUAUGUGCCUUUUACAAAAGAAAAGAAAGGGAAAAUAUUUAUCCCGAAGCAGAAGCCUGCCCAGUCUUAUGCGGAAGAAAAAAUUGCUCUUGAUCCAGAACUGGAGGAAGCCUUGACAAGUGCCACAGACACAGAGCUAUGUGACCUUGCAGCUAUACUGGGAAUGUCCAACUUGAUAACAAACAAUCAGUUCUGUGAUAUUGUAGGAAGCAGUAAUGGUGUUGGCAAAGACAGCUUUUCAAAUAUAGUAAAAGGUGAGAAAAUGUUACCUGUUUUUGAUGAACCACCAAAUCCCACAAAUGUGGAGGAGACUCUGCAAAGGAUUAAAGAUAACGAUUCCCGUCUUGUUGAAGUUAAUCUAAAUAACAUCAAGAACAUACCAAUUCCAACGCUGAAAGAAUUUGCAAAAGCUCUAGAAACCAACACACAUGUGAAGAAUUUUAGCCUUGCAGCCACCCGAAGUAAUGAUCCUGUUGCUGUUGCUCUUGCAGAUAUGCUGAGAGUAAACACAAAAUUAAAAAGUUUAAACAUUGAAUCAAACUUCAUCACCGGAGUUGGAAUUUUGGCACUGGUCGAUGCACUGAAAGACAAUGAAACAUUGACAGAGAUCAAAAUUGAUAAUCAGAGGCAGCAGUUGGGUACUCUUGCAGAAGUAGAAAUUGCCAAGAUGCUUGAAGAAAACACCAAGAUCCUUAAAUUUGGAUACCAUUUCACACAACAGGGACCUCGAGCCAGGGCAGCUGCAGCUAUCACAAAAAACAAUGACUUGGUUCGCAAGAGAAGGGUUGAAGGAGACAGCCAGUAGAUCUUGCUAUAGAACUGUGUGAAGAUUUCAAGGGUCUUCAAAGCACGCUCUUCACAGUGGGCUUUGGCAAUCUUGGACUGCAUUUACCUGGGUUAGAAGGGAAAAGACUGGAAACCCCAUUCCUUUUAAAGCAAAGCUAUAUUAAUAAUCUGCUGGUAUGCAUCACAUUUUUCAUAACCACACCAAUCCAUGUACAGAUCCAGUUUUUGAUUGUUUUUGUUUGUUUUUUUAAAGAACUUUUUUGUAUUUUAAGACCUUGGCUGUGCUUUCUACUAAAAGUGUAAUCGCAAAUCAAUUGUAUAAUUGUCUGUAGUCAAAGAAUGGGACAUUCAAGAUCAUUGGGUAUAUAAUGACCCAGUUAGAAAAUCUAGGGGUGCUCAUUUACAUGAAGGGGUAUGUAUGUUCUUGAGAACAAUGCUUUAGUGAUAAUGGAUUCUUCACACAAUAGUUGGACUCAUUGUUUAGAGCUGUUCAUCCUUGUUCAUAUGCACUGAAGGGAAAUCUUUCACAAUUGUCUUAUUUGUAUAUUUUUUUGUUUUGAUUUGUUCUUGAUACUGUGAUUAAGUGUAAACAUCCCUUAAAAACAGGCAAAAAUAAAUUGACUUUUCUUCCAAGAGAUUUGAGGGACUAAUUUAAAAAAAAAAAAAAAGUAGGAGCCUUGCCAAAAAAAAAAAAAAGUCAUGUAAAGUGGGUUUUUUCUUACUAUGCUUAACUCCUAAAAGCUUUUAAAAUGUCCCAGAAUUGUAAUUUGCUCUGUAUCUAAACUGGACACUUUAAGACUAUCAUGUGCUCAUCAGCAUUUAGUUUAUAUGUUUAAAAAUUCUUAUCUACAGGCAUAACUAGUGUGAAUUUCUCUAGAAGUAGUGGACAAGCUUUUGUCAAAUUUGCCUAAUUUUGUACAGGUACAAUCUUAAUUACAAAAAUCAGUGUCCUAAGUUUCUGGCAAAUGGAAAAUCCUUUUUUACAAGCUAUUGCAUUAAAUUGUUAUUACUUCAUAUAAAUGUAUAACUUUUCAUGAAACAAUGAAGUAACGGUUUCUUGAAAGGCUUGAUGUUUGAAACACUACGACUUGCAGAAAUUAACCAAUGUGUAGUGCCAAAUUUGCAUAGUACAGUACUUAUUCAGGCAUUCCAAGCUCUGUGUCUAUGCCAACUAAUAAGGCCACAAGAAUCACUUAAAUUUCUGCACAUAAUCAAAGUAUACAUCUUGGAAAUAAUGAAAAUCUAGGGGCUUUUUGCUGUGGGCCUGUUUGGACUGUAGCGUACUGAGCUUACUUAAUGUUGUCAUGAGACCAGAAAUUAACAAAAUACUCUGAAGGACUGCUCAGAUAUUUAUGAGAACUCAACUGACAACCGUUUUCAUCAGAUCAUCAUCAUAUGGUGAGCUUUUUAUAUAGAGGAAACGUAUAGGACUGAAACUUUUUUUGCAUCACGUUGUAUGUACUAUAAAAAUUAACAGAGCAAUCCUCUGACACUGUGCCUGUGUUAUAAUUUCCUACAAAUGAUGUCUUGGAUUUUAGACAGACUUUGUUCUGCAGGUGACUUCUAAUCUUACCGCAACUGUACAGCAAAUUCAAAACUAUAGUGCCUUCAAUGAAGAUGUAUUUAACUGGUUUAUAACUGUGGAAGAACAUAUUUUUCCUGUUUCAAAAUUGGCCUUUUAUUGACUAAUUACAAAUAAAUGUGUGCUCUGAAAA